UUUCGAAUCAAAAUUAAAUGAUUAAAAAUGGGUUCCAAAAACAUCGAGAUGCCAUUUUUUCCUCAUUACGAAACUGAACUUUUAGGUAAUGGUGAUGCCAAUUUUAGGAUUACAUGGUUCGAAUCCAAAUUUUCUCAGUCACAUUACAACAUUUAUAAUAAAACCAUUGGAAGUAAUGCUUGUACAUUGAUAGCAAUUCUUUUAGCAUCCAAGUGUCAAAAAUAUAACGUAAUAAUAAAGGGACCUCAAGACAACCUUAACAUUAGGCUAAUACACUUACUAGCCAUUAGUAUGUUGGAAGGAAAUAAAAUUCACGAAGAGUUGAAAAGUAACCAAGUUUUAAAGCAUCUUAAUUUAAAUGUUCCAGAAGCCCUCAAGUACACUGAAACUCACACAUAUAAUUUGGUGGAAUGGAGAAGCUCCAUAUACAUGGAACGGCUUUCGAGAUCCUUACAUGAAAAUAUAAAAAAUAACUAUUCUGAAUGGGUGAAGCUGGAUAAAGCUCCGAAGGAAAAUUUGUAUGUGAUUUUGAUAGCAGAUGCAAGGACCGUGUUGUUUAUUUUUCAAAGAAAAACUAAUACGGUGAGAGUUUACGGUUUAAUCCCCCAUUUUAGCCAGGACAUGCCUACAAAAUUUGAAUAGUUUGAAAAGGAGGAAAACAUGUAAAAAAAUUACAAAUUAUAAGUAACCUUAGUUGAUUCACACCAGCAUUCACUAGACAAGGGAGCGUUUAUAACGAUUACAAACCAAACUCGAUUGGCACAUCUUUGUUAUUGGUUUAAGGAGGUUGCCAGAAAGUGUUAUAAUUCAGAUCCGAAGCUCUACGAAUUAUCCUUUUUGCAUUUUCAAGAUAACAAAAAAUAGAUGCAUGUCUUACCGUUUACAUUAUUUUAUUUUUAUUUAAUAAUAACAUUUAAAUUGAUAAAUAAUAAAAUAAAUACUUUCAA